CACACAAACGCACGAGACUCCGAGCGCGUGCACAGCAAUGUACACAGAGAAUGAGGUGAGCGCGCGCGAGGAGGAGGAGGAGGAAAAGAAGUGUCCCGAGACGAAGAAAGAAGCGAAAAAACUUCACUUUCUGCGCCCGGAUCGACCAAUCCCCUGCCUGCUGUGUGACAUCACCACUAAUCCCAGUAUUGAUCGCUGACGCUGGGUUAUUGAUCACGCCUGAACCAGAGCGGCCGACACGAGGAACAUUUGUGAAACUCCAGAGACAACGGAAAGCUUUUUUUAAAGUUAUUUUUUUUAUUUUAUUUCUUUUACACACAAAGGCUGUGAUUUGAUUUGCGAACGAGGGGAAGUUCUUCAGUAUUUAGCCAGAGAACAAUCAAAGGAAGAAAUGGCGGCGUCAGAACUGAUCCAGGACAGCAACGACGUGCGCCCCCACGUGGAAGUUAACGUCACCACGACGAACCCCCCGACACCGCCACGUCCUCCGAGGGCUGCGAACGCUCAAGCGAAUGGUAACCCGAUCCACCGUGCUUCCUCGCCACCACAGUCGGAGACCCGCAGCAGCAAAAAGCCGGCACCGACGGAGCCGGAGGCGGCGAGCAGCAGCAGCAGACGCAUAAGCGGCCUGCAGACCCAGCUGAUCGACUGUCUGAGCAGCGGGCUGCGGCGCCACUGCGAGUACGUGAAGAUGCCGCCGGAGGAGGAGCGUGGCGCCGACAGCCUCCCCAGCGAGUGGUGGAAGACAGGCGUGGCCUUCCUCUACGCGCUCUUCAUCCUCGUCUUCACCACCGUCAUCAUCACCGUCGUCCACGAGAGGGUGCCGGACAAGUCGGUGAGCCCGCCGCUGCCUGACAAGUUCUUUGACUACCUGGACCGCGUGCCCUGGGCCUUCACCGUCACCGAGGUCAACGGGCUGAUCCUCGUCGGACUCUGGGUCGUCCAGUGGAUCUUCCUCAAACACAAGGCUAUAAUAGCUCGCCGCUGUUUCUUCCUGAUCGGGACGCUCUACAUGUAUCGCUGCGUCACCAUGUACAUCACCACGCUGCCCGUGCCCGGGAAACACAUGGUCUGCGCUCCAAAGCUGUACAACGACUCCACGGGGAAAAUCUGGAGGAUUUUGAGGCUGAUCUCCGGAGGAGGUUUGUCUCUGACCGGCUCUCACCUAAUGUGCGGGGACUUCCUGUACAGCGGUCACACGGUCAUGUUGACGCUGUCCUACCUCUUCAUCAAAGAGUACUCUGCGCGGUGGAUGUGGUGGUACCACUGGUUCUGUUGGGUCCUCAGCGCCUCAGGAGUUCUCUGCAUCCUGAUCGCCCACGAGCACUACAGCAUCGACGUGGUGGUCGGGUACUUCGCCACCACCCGGACCUUCUGGUGGUACCACACCAUGGCCAACACACAUACGCUGCGCGGCGCUCCCAACAACUACCUGUCCAGGACGUGGUGGAGCCCCGUCUUUAACUUCCUGGAGAGGAACGUUCAGAAAGCGGUUCCCGUCGAGUUCUCGUGGCCCGUGGCGCUGCCGUCGUCAUGCCGACAGCGGUACCGCAUGGUGGAGGCCGGGAGGGACGAGUGAGGUCGUGGGGGGGGGGCCAACCAUCCCUCCCCCCCCAACGUACGAUACGACAGAGAACUCUUAACGGCAGAUUAUUCAUUAGAAACACCCUUUACUUCCAGUGAAAGCAGGAAGCCACGUUUACACGGUCCUGAGCGCCCCCCAAAAUAACUCAAAUAUGUUACUAAUUUAGUCACAUUAUUAUUAUUAUUAUUAUUAUUAUUAUUAUUAUUAUUAUUAUAUUAUAUUAUAUUAUUAUAGAAAGGAAUGCAGAGGACACCCGAGCACACGGACCACGGACGGGAUGCUGCAGGUCGAGAGAACAGUAAUUUUGGAAAAUAAAUUUGUACUUUUUGUACUGUAA